AUGCCCAACGUGCAGCUGCCACCCAAGGAGAGCAACCUCUUCAAACGCAUCUUGAAAUGUUACGAACAGAAGCAAUACAAAAAUGGCCUCAAAUUUUGCAAGAUGAUUCUUUCAAAUCCGAAAUUUGCUGAACAUGGAGAGACUUUGGCUAUGAAAGGAUUAACAUUGAACUGUUUAGGAAAAAAAGAAGAAGCAUAUGAAUUUGUUCGUAAAGGACUUCGUAAUGAUGUGAAGAGUCAUGUCUGUUGGCAUGUAUAUGGACUCUUGCAGCGUUCUGAUAAGAGAUAUGAUGAAGCUAUUAAAUGUUACAGAAAUGCCCUCAAGUUAGAUAAAGAUAAUCUGCAAAUUUUGAGGGAUCUUUCUCUGUUGCAGAUCCAAAUGAGAGACCUUGAAGGUUAUCGAGAGACAAGGUAUCAGCUUCUUCAGUUGCGCCCGACUCAGCGUGCUUCCUGGAUUGGCUAUGCUAUUGCAUACCAUCUACUGAAAGAUUAUGAUAUGGCACUAAAACUACUGGAAGAAUUUAGACAAACUCAGCAAGUUCCUCCCAGCAAAAUAGACUAUGAAUAUAGUGAACUCAUCCUGUACCAGAAUCAAGUAAUGCGGGAGGCAGAUCUGUUUCAGGAAUCCUUGGAACAUAUAGAAACAUAUGAGAAACAAAUAUGUGAUAAACUUUUGGUGGAAGAAAUUAAAGGGGAAAUGCUGUUGAAAUUGGGGCGAUUAAAAGAAGCAAGUGAAGUAUUCAAAAACUUGAUUGAUCGGAAUGCAGAAAAUUGGUGUUAUUAUGAAGGCUUGGAAAAAGCUCUGCAACUUAGCACUUUAGAAGAGAGACUUCAAAUUUAUGAAGACAUUAGUAAGCAGCACCCCAGAGCAAUUUCACCUAGAAGAUUACCUUUGAAUCUUGUCCCAGGUGAAAAAUUUAGAGAACUAUUGGAUAAGUUCCUGAGGGUUAACUUCAGUAAAGGCUGCCCGCCCUUGUUUACUACUUUGAAAUCUCUGUAUUACAAUACAGAAAAGAUUUCCAUAAUCCAGGAGCUUGUUACUAAUUAUGAAACCUCUCUUAAAACGUGUGACUUUUUUAGCCCUUAUGAGAAUGGGGAGAAGGAGCCCCCGACAACACUUCUCUGGGUUCAGUACUUCCUGGCACAGCACUUCGAUAAGCUUGGGCAGUAUUCUCUGGCUUUGGAUUAUAUUAAUGCUGCAAUUGCUGGCACUCCAACUCUAAUAGAAUUAUUCUAUAUGAAAGCAAAAAUUUACAAGCAUAUGGGUAAUCUCAGAGAAGCUGUCAAGUGGAUGGAUGAAGCUCAGUCUUUGGAUACGGCUGAUAGAUUCAUCAAUUCCAAAUGUGCAAAAUAUAUGCUUCGGGCAAAUAUGAUAAAGGAAGCAGAGGAAAUGUGCUCCAAGUUCACAAGGGAAGGGAUGUCUGCCAUGGAGAACCUAAAUGAGAUGCAGUGCAUGUGGUUUCAGACAGAGUGCAUCUCAGCUUACCAGCGCCUGGGAAGGUACGGGGAUGCUCUGAAAAAGUGCCAUGAAGUAGAAAGGCACUUUUCUGAGAUAACCGACGAUCAGUUUGACUUCCAUACUUACUGCAUGAGAAAGAUGACCCUUCGGGCCUACGUUGAUCUUUUGAGAUUAGAAGAUAUACUCCGGAGACAUGGAUUUUAUUUCAAGGCCGCUAGAUCAGCUAUUGAAAUAUACUUGAAGUUGUAUGAUAAUCCCUUGACCAGUGAAAGCAAACAACAAGAGAGAAAUUCAGAAAACCUGUCAGCCAAAGAAUUGAAGAAAAUGCUUAGCAAGCAGAGAAGAGCUCAGAAAAAGGCUAAAUUAGAAGAAGAGAGAAAGCAUGUGGAAAGGGAACAUCAACCAAAAAAUCAAAAGAAAAAACGGGAUGAAGAAGAAGACAGUAGUGGUCUCAAAGAAGAACUAAUACCUGAAAAAUUAGAAAGGAUAGAAAAUCCAUUAGAAGAAGCUAUCAAGUUUCUUAUACCUCUUAAGAACCUUGUUGCUGAUAACAUUGACACUCAUCUAUUAGCAUUUGAAAUAUAUUUUAGAAAAGGAAAGUUUCUGUUAAUGCUGCAGUCUGUUAAAAGAGCGUUUGCCAUCAACAGGAAUAACCCAUGGCUACAUGAAUGUUUAAUUAAAUUUUCUAAAUCUGUGUCUAAUCACAGUAAUCUUCCAGACACCGUGAGCAAAGUUCUAUCUCAGGAAAUGCAGAAAAUAUUUGUUAACAAGGAUUUGGAAAGUUUUAAUGAGGAUUUUCUCAAACAUAAUGCUGCCUCUCUUCAGCAUCUACUUUCAGGUGCUAAAAUGAUGUAUUUUCUGGACAAGUCAAGGCAAGAGAAAGCAAUUGCUAUUGCCACUAGACUGGAUGAAACUAUAAAAGAUAAAAAUGUAAAGACUUUAAUAAAGGUUUCUGAGGCGCUGCUCGAUGGCAGCUUCGGGAGCUGCAACUCCCAGUAUGAGGAGUACAGGAUGGCCUGUCACAAGCUGCUUCCCUUCACUUCUGCUUUCCUGCCCACUCUGAGCGAAUUCGGCAGUCACCGCGCGGCUCUGAACCACACAGCCAACUGUGAUGUCUUGGCAAAUGAAACUUGA